CUUUCACAUGAACCGCAUUAAAGGGUAGUUUAGGACAUUUACGAUAGAACUUGGUAGGCGUAGCUAGCUGUCCUGUAACAGAAAAAACCUGCGCAUUUUAGCAUGCUUAUGAAAUUCAUUUGCUAAAAGACGCAUAGACACGUCGUGGGCGAAGGGUUCUUUGUCUUCUUCCCCCAACUGAGCAAGAUUGUUUUCCUUAAGAGCUUCAUCGUCAUCAUCCGAGAAUUGGAGCAGAGAUACGAAGAUUUGGCGAAAAAUGGGGAGCGAGCCAACAAAAGUGAUGGUGGCGGUGAACGCUUCGACGAUCAAAGACUAUCCUAACCCUUCGAUUAGCUGCAAAAGAGCAUUCGAAUGGACUCUGGAGAAGAUCGUAAGGUCCAACACUUCCGAUUUCAAGAUUCUCUUGCUCCACGUACAAGUCGUCGACGAAGACGGUUUUGAUGACGUGGAUAGCAUUUAUGCUUCCCCUGAGGAUUUCCGAGACAUGAGACAAUCUAACAAGGCAAAAGGUCUUCACCUUCUCGAGUUUUUCGUUAAUAAAUGUCAUGAGAUUGGGGUUGGUUGCGAGGCCUGGAUUAAGACAGGUGAUCCCAAGGAUGUCAUAUGCCAAGAAGUGAAGCGAGUUCGACCAGAUUUUCUGGUCGUGGGAAGUCGUGGACUUGGCCGGUUUCAAAAGGUCUUUGUGGGGACUGUGAGUGCGUUCUGUGUGAAACAUGCGGAGUGUCCAGUUAUGACGAUCAAACGCAAUGCCGAUGAAACUCCCAGUGAUCCAGCUGAUGACUAAACAAUAACAACGUCCCUUCCUUCUUUGAUCUAUACAGAGAGAGAGUGCUUUUGUGUGUACAAAAUCCAAAUUCCUACCCCUAUAUGUAUUUGUAUCUGUGUAUGUAUGUGUGUGUGCAGCUUGUUCCGUUUUCUGAAUUGGUUUUCAAACUGAACCAAACUGCUAUAUAUUUGGUUUCUUUGAAAGAGUCCAAACAUCAAAAACAACAACAAUUUGAAAGAAAAAAAAAGAGUACAGUAG